CAAUACAGGCUGCUGUCCGAAGGUAGUACAACCACCAGUGCACUGAUAAACCUUCCUCCGGCUCGGUUGAUUGCGGUAAACAUAGCGCUGAUCCCAGUACCGAUGAAGUUUUCGUUUUGUAAUGCAUCUUGAAUAAUACGCACGGUACGAAUUUCGGCAAUUUGGUUGAUUGGAUUGAUUAUUAUUUUAGCGACUAGGCGUAAUCACCCACUAGUGUGCAGUGAAUAUUCUGAAGGUGCAAAACGCUCCCGACAAACUGUGUUUACGUGUUAGUUUUCUGAAGAAACUUGGCCACUUCGCAUCCAACUGUUUAGCGUACAGGACAAUUGCGGGGCUAGCGCUACGAUCCUACUGACACUAACAGUCUCUCCCGAGCUGAGACUCGAACCUACGACAACUGGCUUGUUAGGUAGGCAUCGUACCUCGAGACCAUCUGGGAGGUAUAAUUGUACAGACCAUCUGGGAGGUAUAGUUCCAGAACCGCAACCAUGAGCAAGCUGCAAAAUCCAACCAAAGUCGCACUACGUGUGAAACUAAAGGAGACACUUAGCAGAAUGUCGCCCGCAUCCCGUGCUGCCCAAACCGCUAUCAUUACCGAAAAGAUUCUACAGCUUCCCGCCUGCGAACGCAGUCAACGAAUUAGCAUCUAUUUAAGCACCGAGAAAGAAGUUGGUACCGUUCCAUUGCUGAAGGAACUGUUUCAAAAAGACAAACAGGUUUUCGUGCCGACGUACAACCGGACGUCCAUGCGGAUGGUGAAAAUCAAUGACAUCGCAGACUAUGACAGCUUACCGAAAACCAGCUGGAAUAUUAAGCAACCCGACUUUGAAGAUCGCAGCCGGGAGGACUGUUUAGCGGCAACAGCUAGCCUAGAUCUUUUCAUCAUACCUGGUGUAGCCUUCACCCGCAACGGACGCCGUCUCGGUCACGGAGGUGGAUAUUAUGACCGCUAUUUACGCGAUUACUUUUCCAAAUAUCCGAACACGACGAGACCCAAUGCUCGGAAAACUUAUCUGGUGGGUGUUGCAUUCCGUGAACAGAUCGUAGCAGAUGAUGUUCUACCCACUGAUGUACAUGACUUCCCGCUUGAUAUGGUUAUCUCUCCGGAUGAUGACAGCACAGCUAAUUGAUUGUUUUUUAUGGUACAUAGCUACGUAGAUAUAAGAUUUAUUUCAAGGAUUUCUUUCCAUAUUAUUGAAGCGAAGCAACAUCUUCAAUAUUUUAUUCGUAAAUCGUCGAACUCACAAUUGCGCUUUUUACUCGGAAUAAACUUUCUCAGUAGCCUACAUAUUUACAAAUAUUGCUGCCUUUCACGUGGCAGAGCGUAUCUUACGAAACUAAAUGACUAAAUCACAAUAACGUUGUUAGCAAUAUGUUAUUCCGCCGCUGCAUGUGGCAAAGAAU